AUGAAGAACCACACAGAAUCCAUUUCCUACCCAAUCAAGCUCGUUGUCACAAAGGGGGUCGAGAAGGAGGUCCAGGGCGAUGAGGAGAAGAAGAAGAAGGACAAGAAGAAUAGCAUCCAGCCCGCGCACAUCUUCAUUCGUAACAUCACGGACGUGGACAUGUCCCUCAACGAGAAGUCGGCCACCACCACCGUCGGCACGCUCACGCACAUCCGCAUGCAGGCGCUCCAGUUCGCCUUCAAGGACAUCUCCUUUUGUUCGCGCGCCAAGGACGUCUCCCUCGGCCCCAGCGAGUUCUCCGGCCUCAUAGGCAUUACCCUACCACCGAAGGGCAUCAACGUCGACCCGCGCGUGCGCAUGAUCCCCUCGAACCAGCAGGAAGCGCGCGAGGCGCACAAGGGCUUCCACAUCAUCGAGAACGUUGAGGUGCACGUCGAUGAGGACGUCCAGAUCGACGUCCGCGACUCGAAUCACACCGUCCUCUUCAACGUCUUCAAGCCAGUCGUCAUCAUGCGCUUCCGCGACGCGCUCGAGCGCACGCUCGCCGCGCAGCGCGCUGAGGUCUUCCGCAACGCGGGCCUGGGCACGGGCGGCGCGUACGCUGGCGCGGUGUGGAGCGAGACUGGGAGGAUGCGCCGCGCGGAGUCGAGCGCGGCGAUGCGCGAGAACGGGUCGCUCGCGGUGGGCGCGGAGCCGCAGAUCCUGAGCGGGGACAAGCACGGGCCGCUUGCGAGCGAGCCGCUGAAGGACCGUCUGCGCGAUGCGGCGGGCAAGGCGAAGGAGGAGUCAAGCUCCUUCAUCCACAAGCUUGUUCGACUCACAAAGGAUGAGCCUCCUAGAAACGCUGCCCCACCCCCAGGCCGCCCCGGCCAAAAGCGCGACCCCAAGACCGCCCGCCCCAUCCUCCGCCCCAUCAUCUGCAGCUGCAAUGACCCCAACGCGUCCGCGCUCGCCAAGCUCCGCCCGCAAGCGCUCUCCGUCCGCCUUCAGCGCCUCAUGGACGCGCACAUCGCGAAGCGGCUGCGCCAGAUCUGCGAGCUCGAGGCCCUGCCCGCGGACUUGGACGGGGACGCGCGCAACCCGCAGGAAAUCACCCGGGAGGAAUGCGCCGCCUUCUACAAGGGCUUGACGAACGGCUGGGAGGAGCACCUUGGCGUCAAGCACUUGUCCGUCAAAGGUCAGCUGGAGUUCGAGGUCAUCGUCUCUAUCAUCCCCGAGCGCCAAGAAAGAGCGCUACAGCAUCAAGUCCUACGUUUAGGCGAGUGCGAGGGCCUCAUCCCCGAGUAUCUCGACUUCGUCAAGGGCAUCGUCAAUCCCGAGGACCUCUCGCUCACCAUCUCUUGUGAGACCCCCCAGCCGAACAAAAUCAUCAAGGCCAUCCGCAAGAACAUCGACAAAAACGACUUCGCCAACUUCGGUGAGGCAUUCGGCAACAACCUCAAGCUCGGUAUCCAUGAGGAUGCCCAGGACCGCACCAAACUCGCCGAGUUCCUGCGCUGCUUCUCGAACAAGUCCCUCGAUGAACUACACUGCCCGCGCAUCGGAGGUCCAGUAGUCACUCUCCUACCCCACCGUCGAGUCCCUCACUGCCGUCCGCGACUCCCCCUUCCUCGAAUUCCUCAAGAAGGGCUUUCGGGCUCCGUCAACGAGUACACCAUCACUCAGCACGAGGAGCUUGAGGGGUGCAAGUUUGUCUCUGUGAUCAAGAGUGGUCUCGAGCUCGAAGAGCCCGGGAACGAGAAGGAACGCAAGCCCGAGGCCGCUGAUUUCAACGAGCUCUGCACCCUUGUCAGGAACGUGCCGCACAACCCAUAUAAUGCCCGUCUUUACGCACGCUUCUCUCAUGCAAUAAGUGUGUCCCCCGGAACCUGCGCGAGUAUAGUGCCCUAA